AUGGCCUCAAAAACCCGACUAGCGCUUCUUUUACCGAUACUUGCGGUCUUAUUCGCAAGGUUUUCUUUUCCAAUCAGCGUAUCUCUGCUUCUCAUCCUUCUUUCAGUUACUCCCCUUGUCUUCAAAUCCUCAAACCGAACCCUAAAAACAGCAAUCGAAAACAAUUCAUCAUCAGACGAAAAUACCCUUACUACCACAGCCUCCAUAGACGACGACACUAAGACACAGGAAAAGCCGAGAGGCGAUGAAAACGAGCCGGGCUUAUCAAGUGACGACAAAUUCUCGAGCGAGGAGGAACAGUUGUCGGAGGAAGAAGGCCCGAUAUCGGAUGAGGAGGGACUGAUCGAAAUCGCAAUCCCCAGUGGCCACUUUGUGCCUGAGAAAGAUGGUCCUCCUAUGUUUUUAGAUGAUCUCAGCUGCAGCAAAUUGUUGUCUGCUGAGGAGGAUAAUUUGAUUGAGAUUGAUAUCUACAUGGGCUCCAUCAAGUGUUCCAAAUUCGAUAUGUAG